GCACCCAGAUUUUGUUACGGUAAUUUUGUUUUCUAUUCACGAAUUUGAAGUUUCUUUCUCAUCGGCGGCGACCGGAUUCCCCCGAGCCCACUUCAAUCAGCUGCGAGUUUCCUUCACGGGGGAGUCCGGGAAGCACGACAUGAUUGAUAUCAAGCCAGCGGCGGACGGGAGGACGACGACGGCGACGACAGCGGCGAGUUCGGCCGCGAUCGUGUCGUUUAUAUCCAAGGGUUUGAGGGAGAUGCGCACCUCCGCCGAUGCGGAUAUUAAGCUCAUCAGGAAUCGAGCCAACUCGUUCAUCACUUUUGCUGACCGUGGUCUGGAGCACUUCAUCAACUCCGCGUCGUUCACUGUCCCUACUGUCACGCCGUCCGUCCGUACGACUCCGGCGGAAAUUGACUUCGUGAAGAAGCUCCGCCCGAGACUGUCGGAGUUCAAGUGGGCCAAUAAGUGCAAGCUGCGGAUUGAUUUGUCUGCUAUUGGGAACGCAAUCGUGUCGGAGGUUGAGGAGGAGAACGGAAGUUCCAAGUGGAGGAAGUUGAGGUUCACGGUAGGAGGGGUGAAGAUGGAAACACAACCGGGGGAACCCAAUUGGGAACUGAUUAAGGGAUUUAAGGCUCUCCAGAGGAGGUGCAGGGAGAUUGAGGCGGAGCUCAAGACCACAGGCUCUUCGACUGCUGAGAUUCUCGAGGGGAUUAAGAAUAGUGAAUUCAUGGGAAAAGUGAAAUCAAGUCUGAAGUCCAUUUGCAAGGAACCAGUGGAUGGGAAGGAAGUGCCACCAUUGGAUGUGCCAGAAUUAUUGGCAUAUUUGGUUAGAAAGUCCAGCCCCUUCUUGGAUCAACUUGGAAUUAGAAGAGAAAUAUCAGACAAGAUAGUGGACAGUCUGUGCAGUAAACAGAAGAACCGGAUGUUAAGAUAUUCACUAGAAGGAGAGUCCUCUAUUGUUGAAGGGGAUUGUAACAUUGCUGAUGAAUUGGAUCUAAGAAUUGCCACACUACAGAAUACAGAUCAUUGUUGCGAAGGCGGUGACAUUUGGACCGGUCCAUCAAAAAAGAAUCGUUCGGAUGGUAAAAGGCAUGUAGCCAUUGUCACAACAGCUAGCCUUCCUUGGAUGACAGGAACAGCUGUAAACCCACUUUUCCGAGCUGCUUAUUUGGCCAACUCAGCAAAUCAAAAUGUCACAUUAUUGGUUCCAUGGCUCUGUAAGUCUGACCAAGAGCUUGUGUAUCCAAACAAUCUUACAUUUAGCUCACCUGAAGAGCAUGAAAGUUAUAUACGCAGCUGGCUUGAGGAGAGGUUAAAUUUUAAGGCCAAUUUCAAGAUUGCAUUCUAUCCUGGAAAGUUCUCAAAAGAAAGGCGAAGCAUAAUACCUGCUGGAGAUACUUCUCAGUUCAUUCCAUCAAAGGAUGCUGAUAUUGCAAUACUGGAGGAGCCAGAACACCUCAACUGGUACCAUCAUGGUAAACGCUGGACUGAUAAAUUUAACCAUGUGGUUGGUAUUGUUCACACAAAUUAUUUGGAGUAUAUCAAGAGAGAGAAGAAUGGGGCGUUGCAAGCAUUCUUUGUUAAACACAUAAAUAAUUGGGUCACAAGAGCGCAUUGUCACAAGGUCCUCCGUCUUUCUGCUGCUACUCAAGAUUUACCAAAGUCCACUAUAUGCAAUGUUCAUGGUGUCAAUCCAAAAUUUCUGAAGAUUGGGGAAAAGGUUGCUGCAGACCGUGAAGUCGGAGAGCAAGUAUUCUCCAAGGGAGCAUAUUUCUUGGGCAAGAUGGUUUGGGCAAAAGGGUACCAAGAAUUGAUUGAUCUCUUAUCGAAGCAUAAGAAAGAUCUUGAAGGCUUCAACUUGGAUGCUUUUGGAAAUGGGGAAGAUGCUCAAGAAGUUCAGAGCGCAGCCAAACGGUUGAAUCUAAAUGUCAACUUCAUGAAAGGCAGAGACCAUGCUGAUGAUUCUCUUCUCGGUUACAAGGUGUUCAUAAACCCCAGCGUAAGUGAUGUGCUCUGCACCGCAACGGCCGAGGCUCUGGCAAUGGGCAAAUUUGUGGUGUGUGCAGAUCACCCAUCGAACGAGUUUUUCAUGUCAUUCCCCAACUGCUUGACAUACAAAUCCCCAGAAGAGUUUGUGGCAAAAGUGAAAGAAGCAAUGUCGCGCGAGCCCCUGCCACUAACUCCAGAACAAAGAUACGAGCUCUCAUGGGAGGCCGCCACCCAAAGAUUCUUGGAAUGUUCCAACCUCGACACGGUUUUAAACAACGGCGAUGACAACAAAAGAAGAAUAAGAAGAAGAAAUGAGAAGAAAGGAUUUGUGAAAUCGAAUUCCAUGCCCAACUUGGGAGAUAUGGUUGACAGUAGCCUGGCAUUUGCCCAUUACUGUUUCACGGGUAACGAGUUUUUGAGGUUGUGCACCGGCGCGAUCCCUAAUUCGCGGGACUACGACGAAGAGCAUUGCAAAGAUUUGAAUCUCCUCCCUCCUUCUCCUCCUCCUCCUCCUCCUCGAGUGGAGAAUCCGGUUUUAGGUAUAUAGAUUCUUGAGAAUAAGUCACCUCUGUACAUUAUUUUUGUUUCUCUUGUUGGUGUGUAUUAUCUAUCAUACAUUCAUAUGUGUAUAUAAUUCAUUUUACUCGUCACUACACUGGAAGGACUUUGUAAGUUUUGAGGCUCUUUGUCUCUCCUCUAUAUGUUGUUGCCUACAUACAUCCUUCCUAGAUUGUAUGAGCAUGGGAUUCUACUAGAUUGUUGUUGUAUUAAUACCAAUGAAAUGAUAUUUUGAAG